AUGUCUAGACUUGUUUCUCGUGUUUUGUUUGGUGCUCGUUUAACGUUCGCAAGUAAAGGAAUCCAGAUCUUAAGUAAACCAAGUACUAUUAAACAUCUUACUACUUCAACUUGGUUCUGUUCAUCUCAAGUUGACCGUCAGCUCAACCAGUUUCUGACCAAUGAGAUUAAACAAGAAAAGGCAAAUGCUUUCUCCUGCGAUCCCCCUGAAGGGUUUAAAGUAGUAAAAACCAAUGGAUGUGAAGUCGUUAUACGCAAAGAAUAUCAAGAUGGAGUUUUCGUCGACGUGGAGAUUAAUUUGGCUGGUAGUGUUACUCCUAGUAUUUCUGAAGAUGAAAUGAGUACUACGGAAAAGAGUGAGGAUGAUACUGCUUUGGAGGCUCAUCCUGAUUUGCGUAUUAAACUCACAAAACCUAGUGGUCGAAGUCUGGUUUUCAACUGCAGUCUUCCGGGCCAUGACGCUGAAAAACAACUUUCUGAAGAUGAGUCGAAUGAUCUCCCUACUUAUUCCGUGGACUCAGUUGAAAUUGAACGCAUCCCAGGCUAUUUCGUGUAUACUGAUUUAUUUGACGACGAUAUGUAUAAUCAUACAAUGCAAUUGCUGGUAGAACGAGGACUGGACGCAGACUUUCAAGAAGAAUUGCAAAACUUCUGUACUUCAGAAGAGCACAAGUUAUAUUUGAAGUUUUUGGAUGAAUUCCAGAACUAUUGCAAAGACUAA